AUGCAGUUUGGAGGUGGGUUGGGUCUGGUGUUGGCCCUGAGACUCUCCAUUUCCCAGAAAGUAGAGAAGCUGCAGCAAUUAAAACACCCAAACCUUGUGAACCUCAUUGAGGUAUUUAGGAGAAAAAAGAAAAUGCAUUUAGUGUUUGAAUACUGUGAUCACACGCUUUUAAAUGAGCUGGAAAGGAACCCAAAUGGAGUUGCUGAUGGAGUGAUCAAAAGUGUAUUAUGGCAAACACUUCAGGCUCUUAAUUUCUGUCAUAAGCAUAAUUGUAUUCACAGAGAUGUCAAACCUGAAAACAUUCUAAUAACUAAACAAGGAAUAAUCAAGAUCUGUGACUUUGGGUUUGCACGGAUUCUGAUUCCAGGAGAUGCCUACACUGAUUACGUUGCCACCAGGUGGUACCGAGCCCCUGAACUCCUCGUGGGAGAUACGAAGUAUGGCUCCUCAGUCGACAUAUGGGCUAUCGGUUGUGUUUUUGCAGAGCUCCUGACAGGCCAACCACUCUGGCCUGGAAAAUCAGAUGUGGACCAACUUUAUCUGAUAAUCAGAACUUUGGGAAAACUAAUCCCACGGCAUCAAUCUAUCUUUAAAAGUAACCAGUUUUUCCAUGGCAUCAGUAUACCUGAACCAGAAGACAGGGAAACACUUGAGGAAAAGUUCUCAAAUGUCCAUCCUGUGGUUUUGGAUUUUAUGAAGGGAUGUCUGAAGAUGAAUCCAGAUGACAGACUAACCUGUGCACAGCUUCUGGAAAGCAGCUACUUUGAUUCCUUCCAAGAGGAUCAAAUGAAAAGAAAAGCACGUAACGAGGGAAGAAACAGAAGGCGUCAGCAGAAUCAACUGUUGCCUCUCAUACCAGGAAGCCACAUCUCCCCCACACCUGAUGGAAGAAAACAAGUCCUCCCGUUAAAAUUUGAUCAUCUUCCAAACAUUUAG